AUCCGCAGCAGCACAGUCCUCGGGCCGAGUGGGGCGCGCCGAGCCUGGAGCUGCGAGCCGAACGCCGGGCUGGGGCCGGGGCCGGAGCGCAGCGGAGAAGGAGCGCGCCCGCCCCAGCCCGAGUCCCGCCGCCGCCGGGCCCCAAGCCAUGGAGCCAGAUAACAGCCCACGAAAGAUCCAGUUCACGGUCCCGCUGCUGGAGCCGCACCUGGACCCCGAGGCGGCCGAGCAGAUUCGGAGGCGCCGCCCCACCCCUGCCACACUUGUGCUGACCAGUGACCAGUCAUCCCCAGAGAUAGAUGAAGACCGGAUCCCCAACCCACUUCUCAAGUCCACUUUGUCAAUGUCUCCACGGCAACGGAAGAAGAUGACAAGGACCACACCCACCAUGAAAGAGCUCCAGACGAUGGUUGAACAUCACCUAGGGCAACAGAAGCAAGGAGAGGAACCUGAGGGAGCCACUGAGAGCACAGGGAACCAGGAGUCCUGCCCACCUGGGAUCUCAGACACAGGCUCAUCGUCAAGGCUGGUUACCCCUGGGAUAGCACAAAAACCUGCAGAAUCCACCCCCAAGAUUCAGGAGCAAUGUGGUGUGCAGCCCAGCACAGAGGACACUUCAGCCCACAUGUCACCACUGGAUUCCCAGGGAGCCAGCUUGGUCUGAAAGGAGUUGACAUCCUGGGAUCACCACUGCAGUGUGGAAACUCAUGGACACUGGAUGUUUCUUAAUCUCUUGUUUUUAAAAGUGAUAAAUUUGGUGUUAGGUC